GGGGGAUGCUCGACGUCCUCCCGGGCGGCGAAACGUUUACGCUGACGUUGGAAUCGCUGGGCGGCGCGCCUAGCAGCUCUGGCCAGCUUCUGACAACGCCACCCAGGGCACCCAGCCCGGUCUCGUUCGACAUCGUGGACAGCGACCACACGGAGCUCUGCGACGGCCAGUUGGCGAGGGACUUGACCAUCGUGGGCUACCCGCCGUGCGAGUCCAACGGCGGGCCCAUCGAGACGUACGCCGUGACCCUGACGUACACCAGCGAAGACAGGGAAGGCCAGCCCCAAGUCUCGCAGAGAUUCAACAUCCAGCCGGUAUUUUUCAAACGCCUGCGCGUUACUUUGGUCAUAAAAUAUUUAGCAGCUGUAUAA